CGAGCAAAAGAAAGUGGCCAGUGUCCGGCGAUGAACGAGCGGUUCGCUGGAGUAUCUUGUGUAGCAUCGAGUAUCAGUGUUUUGACGGAAACCAAACGCACAACAUGGUUAGGUUGUUUAUGCUAGCCGUCUUGUGCUUUACUUUUCUAUCCAUUCUAGAAGUGCGAGGUAAGGAAGUGGUGCACACAAGUUUAAAUCAAACAAAAUGUAUUGAAAACGGAAGAUUUUACAGGAAUCCAGACAGAUCCGAAGACAUACUAUGGACCAAAAACGAAUGCGCCAAGUACUACCUUUGUGUAGAGGGUGAGGUGUUCGAAUUUAAAUGUUCGGAAGGGCGACUUUUUGACGUCAACCGACAACUGUGCGAUAAAUAUCAAAAUGUCCAUAAUUGUGAUGUCACAAAAGAAAUAGUCUUGCCACAGCCGCUUCUGGAACAUGCGAUGUGUGCAAAUGAAACACACCUGGGCUGCGCAGACGGUCGCUGUUUGCCGGCGGAAUUCUUCUGCGACGGAUCAUUUGACUGCGAUGAUUUAUCUGACGAAGCAUGGUGUGACGUCAAAAACGAUCCAAAUUCAUCGGAACCAUGCGAUCCCAACAUGUGCCUGUUGCCAGAAUGUUUCUGCACGAAAACCGGCAAAGAAAUACCAGGAAAUCUCGUACCUAAUCAGACCCCACAAAUGAUUACACUCACAUUCAAUGGAGCGGUGAAUCACGAAAACUGGGAUAUUUACAACAAACAUUUGUUUACAUCUGAUCGAAAAAAUCCCAACGGCUGUCCCAUCAAAGCGACAUUCUUUGUCUCGCACCCUUACACCAACUAUAGACAUGUGCAGAAAUUGUGGAACGAUGGACAUGAAAUUGCGGUACAUUCGAUAACACACCGUGGUCCUGAAGAAUGGUGGUCAAGGAACGCUACUGUUGAAGAUUGGUUCGACGAAAUGGUUGGUCAAGCAAACAUAAUCAAUAGGUUUGGAAAAGUAUGGAUGGAGGAUUUCAGAGGUCUUCGUGUACCCUAUCUAUCAGUCGGAUGGAAUCGACAGUACGUCAUGAUGCAAGAGUUCGGUUUCGUAUACGACGCGACGAUAGUGGCGCCCCCCUCCGACCCGCCGUACUGGCCCUACACACACGAUUACAAAAUGCCGCACGAAUGUACAGAAAAACAUCAAUAUUGCCCAACUAGAAGUUAUGCAGGACUUUGGCAGAUGGUUAUAAAUUCUCUAACAGAUGGCAAGAAUAAUUCAUACGCCACUCCGGAGCAUUGCCAUUUCACACUGACUGGUGAUGACAUAUAUGGUAUCUUAUUAAACAACUUCAAAAGGCAUUAUUUAAAAAAUAGAGCUCCAUUUGGUAUACAUUUGAGUGGCACUUGGCUACGAAAUAGCCAUUACCUUGCUGCUUUGAAGAGAUUUAUUAUAGAACUUUUAAGACUACCGGAUGUCUACUUUGUAUCAUAUAAAGAAGUAAUUGAUUGGAUGAAACGACCAACACCAGUACUUCAAUUAAAGAAAUUCCAACCAUGGCAAUGCAAAGAUCGUCGUUUCCAUGAUAAUGAGAUAGCGUGCAGCAAACCUAGGACAUGCAAACUACCUUCAAAAGUUUUAGAACAUGACAAAUAUAUGAUAACAUGUGUAGAUUGUCCUAAAAGCUAUCCUUGGAUCAGAAAUGAAUUUGGAUUUGAUUAAAAAAAAAUUAUAUCUAAAUUAAAGUUACCAUAUUUAAGUCAGUCUUUUAAGGUUACAAUUUAAUAUUUUAUGUAUGGAAUAAUUAUACUCUUUACUCCACACUUCAUGGAAGCCCUUGUCUCUAAAAUAAAAACACUAGUGAUGUCAUGAGAUGAUUCAAGUGUCAUGUUAUUGUGCAAGUAUAGUAAUAAAAACAAUGUGAGAUUGUAAUAACUUUUCAUAGACUCAUUUUCUUCAUAUUGCUGUAUGGUAUUGAAAGGCAGCUUUAUUAAGGUCAAAGUUGUAUGAACACAGAUUAUUUCUACCUAUUAAUAAGUAAUUAUAAUCUAAAUGAAGUGCAAUAUUUUUUUGUAAUAAAAUAAUUUUAAAUAUAAA